UGUGCUUGGUUGUGCUAAAGUUAUUGUAUUUUUAAAUUUAAUAAAAAAUAAUUUAAGAGAUUGAUUGCGACGUUUAUAUUUAAAACAUUAUUUCGUAAUAAGUUUAUCAAAGAAGUAAUUUGCAGACAAAAAAGUAGUGCAAGAUUUUUCCAUCGUUUCAGAUAUGAAGAUGAUAGCGAGUCUACAUGAAAUCAAAGAACUCGAUAAACCUAACAUCCACAUACGAGAUAAGGAUGCAUUACUGACGAAAAUAAAUCAAAUUAUACGUGAUGGCCACGAGAAACUACAAAUAGUUACAGAUUUUGAUCAUACAUUAACGAGACACAAUAUGGACAAUGGAAAGACAGUACUGACUAGCUUUGGUAUGUUCAGAGAAUGUCCCUCCGUACCCCAAGAGUAUAAGGACGAGGAACUAAGGCUUGCUGACAUUUACAAGCCUAUUGAAGUUGACCCUACAAUGAGUAUUGAGGACAAAACUAAACAUAUGGUUGCCUGGUACUUGGCCGCUCACAAGCUACUCAAAGGUGUUAAAUUUCCGAGAAAUGAACUCAUUGAAGUGAGUCAAAAAAUGAUAGACUGCUUUCGGAUUGGUGUAGAGGAUUUGAUAUUGUGGAGUGAGAAACAGCAGGUUCCCGUAUUGGUGUUUUCAGCGGGGCUCGGCGAGUGUGUUGUAGCGGCACUUAAUGCCGCGAAUUUUCUGCUACCUCAUGUUAAAGUAGUGUCUAACUUUCUGGCAUUGGACGAAAACGAGUCAGUUAUCGGAAUAAAGGGUGACGUGAUACACACGUACAACAAGAAUGAAGCGGCCAUCAAGGACACGGAGUAUUACGAAAUGGUCAAAGAGCGGAACAACGUGCUCCUUUUGGGGGAUAACAUCGGGGAUGCGGGGAUGGCCGAGGGGAUGGAGCACUGUGACGUCAUCGUCAAAAUAGGCUUCCUAGGCCGCAACACGGAGGCGAACCUACAGAACUAUACCAACAAAUUCGAUAUAGUUCUGGUGAAUGAACACACUGUCGACGUAGCUAAUGCUAUAUUGAAACUGGUGCUGUGAGCAUCUACUAGGUUAUUUUUCUAGAAGUUUUUGCAUAGACCGUUAAUUAGUUUAUUUAUGGAUUUAUUGGUCGUCACUGGUAGAGUACGUUUACUCAGCGGUGCGGAGCAUGACGUGCAGAAUAGGUCGGUCAAAUUAUUGGCAUGUGGCGUGAUAAAAUCAUAGUCACUCUUCAUUGAUCUAAUUGGCCUAUUUCCCUUUUUGAAUAAACACAUAUAGAUCUUUCUUUCUUCCUUCAAAUGACCCAUUCUGCUCCGGUUUAGCAGAAAUACUGCCCUAAAUCGUUUUACCAUAGAAUACAGUUUGUCUCUGGCUAACAUUCAAAUUGUCUAUGCUACUCCAAUCUACUUUUAAAUAUUAUGUAUGUUGUAUAUAUAUAUAUAUAUUAUCUAUGUAUUUGUAUCUAUACAUUUUGGUAUUUAUGUAUUUAAAAAAAUGAUAAAAUUUAUUUUUAAUACUUAUGCAAAAUUAUUGUGCUGUGUAAGUGUGUAUGCCAGUGACGACCUUUAUAUUGCGAUGUUGUUGGAUUUAAUCUUAUUUUACUCAAGUUGAGUAAAAAUAACUUGUUGAUAUUGUUUUUAUUUUUAUUCGCUCAGUUCAUAAUAAUAAUUAAUCUAAGAGUGUUGCUAAUGUAUUAUUGAUAUACAUGUCUUGCAUAAAUUAUUAAUUAAGCCCUACCUAUUUUCUUUUGAAACGAAAUAGGCACCAAAUAUAAUUACUAUUCAACAUUCGAAUACGUCUUCCAGAGUCCACCCAUAAAUAAAAUAUUUUCUGUUUUAAAAAUAAAUAAAAAUACAGGUUUUUAGUUUUCGAUAUUGAAAUUUAAUCUUCGUAUGGAGGAAUUUGAUUUCGAACGUAGCUAUCGGAAAUUAUAAAAGCGAUACAGUUAAUUAAAGCGAUUUUUGCAAGACUUGUAACAUUAAAAACAUGGGUAGAUACUAAAAGUAGCAAUACAAUUCAUAAUAUGAUUUUUUUUGUAUAAAAGAGAAGAACAAAGUUCUGAUUUAUUUAUAAUACUUAUUUGUUUUUGUAUGCUAAUGUUAGAUAUAUGUACCUAGUUUAAACAAUCUGCUCAAAAAUAUUGCUUGAAGAAUCUCCGCUACUCAUUAAUUAUAUCAAAAGACGUAUAAGCAAACUUAAAAAAAAGAAAAGUCUACAUGUCUUUUUGAAAAUAAUACCUUGCUACAAUGUUUUGAAAAGACAAGGCCGACCCAAUUAUCUAUUUGUUUCGUUUUUUUUUCUUAAAUCCUGCCAGCUUGCAUUGCUGGUUUGCAUUAAAUAUUUUAUUGGGUAAAUGAAUUUAAAGUUCCAUGAAAUUGUUGUUUAUUUUGGUUGUACUUAUAGAGUUUCUUAAUUAAAUACUGAGAGUUUUAUAAUUAUUUUUUUUAUUAAUUUGAACGCGCUGGCAUAAUAGGUUUAUUGGGCAAAUGAAUGUGAAAUUGCGUGGUCUUUUAUUUUUUAUAUGCACUAGGUGUGAAAACGUCGCAACCAAGUUUGAGGAGUUAAAUAAAACAAAUUCUUUAAUGAAAUUAAAUAUUUUGUUAUUAUUAUUAUAAAACAACACGUAUGAAUAUAAAUGUAUUUUCUAGUCACCACUGUGCUUGUUUUUGUGUACUCUACAUAUCUCUAUAUCAUAAGGUGCAUCCGUUAGGCUGAGACUACACUAAACCGCGACUCGCAACGCGACUGUAAGAGCGACUAUGAAAACUGAAGCUAAAGUAAAUUUUCGUUUACUUUAGCUUCAGUUUUCUUAGUGUCUCCUUAUACUAGUUUAGAUAAGCUAGGUAGCUUAGCUAGCUUCAUUUAGUGGGUAAAUAUGAAGUAUUGAGUUUGAAGCGAGUAAUUCACUUGCAAUCUCCGUUGUGAAAUAUAAUGCGGUUUCCAUCGACGAUUCGUAGCAAUGGAUAUAGGUUAUGAAAGUCGCAGUGUUGCCAUUACUAUGAAUUUAAGUUUAAUCGCUUGCGUCAGCUAGUAGCGGCAUAAUGUAUGUGUCCUCUUGGCCUUACAUCGCAUCUAAUCAUUUUAAGUAUUAGUUUAACCGAUCAAUUGUUAUUUAUACAAUUGUAUUUUAUGAAAUUGUCGUAUAUGUUAAACUAUUAUUAUGGAUUACUCGGGUGUCAAAAUUCGGAGUAACGAUUUUUACAAGGCAGAGUGGACUUUCGGGUACUUCAGAUCUUGGGGAUUAUAUUGAAAUUGAUAAUGCGGAUGACGGAUGCACCUUCUCUUUGUCUUAGAAAACCGGCAAAAUCUAUCACUUAAUUAUUUAUUAAUCAAUUGCGUUUCUAUAAAUUUUAAAAAGAGCAAUAAACUGGAAGAUCUAUUAAUAGCGACUACAGUUCCCGCCACGAAAGUUGAAUCUGCACAGUUCGACUUCGAAGUCUCGAGUCAAAAGCGCCAUCUCGGUACAGUACUGGAAAACAGUAUUUUUACUAGAUAGCGAUCUCUCGAUUUCAUACAAAUCGUAGUAAACUUUCACGCGAUCGAACAGGUAAACGUUGAAAAUCUCGCACGAAGCAAGCUGAGGCUGAGCUGAGCGUGUUUAGUGAAGCAAACGCAACGUCACAGAACACUGCGCAGUGACCGAACGCGUUUUCAACUUUCGUGGCGUGUAUUGUACAACCACUUAACAAAAUAACUUGUCUGAUUUCAGAUAAUCGCGCAAUACACUUUCAAAUUCAAAUUGCGAAUGGUAACAUGAAUAAAUAUAUCGUCGCUUAGCUAACUCUGUAACAUAUAAGAGAUACAUUUUGAGAUACUUUUAACAGUUUUAGAUAUUACCGUUUUGUUAGCCACGGCGAUCAUAAAACCUUACCUUAUCCGUUGACAGGACUAGUCUAGUUAUUUUAAAAUACUGUUUGAAUACACGCUCCUAAUAAUACCCAACGGUAGCUAAAUCAUAUGUUUCGAACACUGACAGUAUACUUUGUUAUUCAUACAUUUUAAUGCCUAAAAUAUUACUUUAAAAUGUCUGGUUAAAAAACAAUUGAAAGAAAUGCAUUGUAUCAACUACAGUUUAGU